AACAUGUACUUCAUUUUAUAGAUGACGCUGAACACCAAUGUAGCCAUUUUACUGGCAGCAGGUUUAUUCUGCUCAGCUUCUGCCAUAUACCAUCAUUCACCAUAUUAUCAAUCUCACGACCCAUACGCCGUAAACAAUCACUCCGGAUAUCAUCCACAAGCGUCCUAUGGUCAUUCCUACCAAGCACCUCAUGGUGCUGGUUUCCGUCAGCUAACACCAAACGGUUUGGGAUCACGUCCAGGACCCAACAAUUUUGGUGAAAUAUCCACUCCACCCCAAGGAGCCGGAUGUUUACCACCGGUUGGUCCUUGUCCUAAUAGCAAAUACAGAACCAUUGAUGGAUCCUGUAACAACUUGAGAUAUACCAAUUGGGGAACACCAAAUUCUAAAUACGCCCGUUUGUUACCACCUAGAUACUCCGAUGGUAUCCACGCGCCUCCAACAUCCCUUACUGGUGAACCAUUGCCCAGUUCUCGUCUUGUCAGUAUUGUUAUGUUCCCAGACGUUCCCAUUCCUGAUCCAGUCUGGACAUUGAUUACCAUGACAUGGGGUCAAAUUGUUACUCACGACAUGUCCAUGUCUAUGGGUACUACUCAAGCAAAACGUCAUUCCAUCAGAUGUUGUGAUGACAAUGGCCGUUUGUUAAGCAACAACCCAGACGUUCACUGUUUCCCCAUCACCAUCCCCGAAGACGACCCAGUUUUCUCCAAAUUCAAUAGAGAAUGCAUGAACUUUGUUAGAUCAACCACCGAUUUAGAAACUGGAUGUAAUGCUGGAAACCAACCCGCCGAACAAUUAGUCGUCGUAUCCCACUGGAUGGAUGCUUCUUUCGUAUAUGGCUCAAGCCAAAGAUUAGCUGACAAUCUUCGUGAAGGUAUUGGUGGAAGAUUGAGAGUUGAAUUCAGAGAUGGAAGACCAUGGCCACCAGCAGCAGCUAACAAGAGUGCCGUAUGUGAUCAACAAACGGAUGAAGAACCAUGCUACCAAUUCGGUGACCGAAGAGCAAAUCAAAAUCCACAACUGACUGUUUUGCAAAUACUUUUACUCAGAGAACAUAACCGUAUUGCUACAGUUUUGUCGCAUGUUAAUCCUCAUUGGGACGAUGAAACCCUUUAUCAAGAAGCCAGAAGAGUCCUUAUCGCAGAAUUCCAACACAUCAACUACCACGAAUGGCUUCCAAUCAUCUUAGGAACCGAAAAUAUGUUGAAAUACGGUUUGUUGUACAAGAAUAAAGGUUACACCAACGAUUACAAGGAAAAUGUCGAUCCAAGUGUUAUUAACGCUCAUGCUCACGCUGCUUUUAGAUACUUCCAUUCGUCCAUUCAAGGACAAUUCCAUUUGAUCGGGGAAGAUCGUAACUUACUAAGUGCUGUCAGAUUAUCUGACUACUUUAACAGGCCU